UCCCCAACAGCUCACGCCGCACAACAAAAAUGAAACGAAACGAAACGAAACAAAUCCACCGCCACCGAACGGACGCCAUCACGCCGCGCACCGGACGCGCCGCGCCGCGCCGCCUCCGCCAUGCCCGCCGCCGACGCCAAGCCCCGCCUCCACCUCCACCUCCCCCGCUCCCUCCUCCUCCUCCUCAUCCCCUUCCUCUCCCUCCUCCUCCUCUACUCCUACUCCUCCUCCCCUCCUCCUCCUCCCGUCGCGUUCGCCGUCCCGCUCUCCCCGACCCCGCCCUCGCCGCACAUCCGCAUGCGCCGCGCGGGGUUCCGCUCCUACGAGGACUACCUCCGCCACCAGCUCAACAAGACGCUCGACCCGCGCCUCCGCCGCGUCUGGGCCACCCGCGACUGGCACCGCAAGGUGGACGCCUUCGCCCGGGCCUUCGCCGCGCUCCUCCGCGACGACGGCGGGGGGAAGCUCCUCUCCAACGCCUCCCGCGCGCUCUGCGUCGGCGCGCGCCUCGGCCAGGAGGUCGCGGCGCUCCGCCUCGUCGGCGUCCGCGACGCCGUCGGCAUCGACCUCGCCCCGGCCCCGCCGCUCGUCGUCAGGGGCGACUUCCACGCGCAGCCGUUCGCCAACGACACCUUCGACUUCGAGUUCUCCAACGUGUUCGACCACGCGCUCUACCCGGGCCGCUUCGUCGCCGAGAUCGAGCGCACGCUCCGCCCCGGCGGCGUCGCCGUCCUGCACGUCGCGGUGCACCGCCGCGGCGACAAGUACUCGGCCAACGAUCUGCUCGACGUCCACGGCCUCGUCGGCCUCUUCCGCCGCUCCGACGUGGUCAGGAUCUCCAAGGUCGACGCCUUCGGCCUCGACACCGAGGUCAUCCUCCGCAAGAAGAGGUCUUCACCCUAACCACCACCACAUCCACAUGCAACUCUCUCAAUUCUCCACACACAAUUCAACUCUCCAAACAGAAAAAGGAACACAAAUUUUCUUCCAAUUUCCACUCCGAUUUUUUUGGGUUCGAUUUGUUCUUUGCAAAUGCUGCAAGUGUAGUUAGUUAAUUAGGUAGGCGAUUAUUUUCUACUAGGACAUGCAUGCAUCGUAGGCAACAAGUUACUAAAAAAACUGAAAAUUUCCCGGUUAAAAGAAGUGAAAGAAGAAAGUUAAAAAGAUUAGUAGUGAUUUGGUUGUCACUUUCCCUUCUUUUCUUGAUCACUUUCACCAAUUGUUCUUCCCUUUCUCUUUUAUCCUUGUCCACUUUACGGAAAGAUUCUUUGAUUGAUUUGGGUGGGGGUGUGUGAUCAGUAGCUGUACUAAUCGAGUAUAUCGGCGGCAUAACUGUGUCCGUGCACUGCACAUCAGCUAGAAUAAUACUGUCAUUGACAUUUGCAGCUGAGACAUUGAUGUGGAUGCCGUAGCUGUUGUUGAGUUGUAAUGUGGGGGAUAGUACGUUGGAAACUUGGAAUUUUGCAGGAAUGUAUGGAUCAUGUAUAUUCUCUUUGUUUUAUGUAUAAAGAGAGAGAGAAAAAAAUCCCAUCUUAUGUUCAUUUUCUGCAA